UUAUAAUGUUGAUGUGACAUAACAUAAAUAUAAAUAUAACAUAUUUAAUGUUUACUGGGUAAUCUAACCCUAAACCAUGCACUCGCGGAAGAAACGCGGGAAAACAAUUACGGAAGACACAAAUAUUUUGCGCGGGUCCCUCCAUGAAUCCUCUAUCAUGCGUUUUAAACAGUCAGUCAUUUGACAUAUAUGUAGCUUACGUCACUUCAGGCAUGCGCUGUAGCGUGGGAAAUUCUUUGGAUCUCCCAGCACUGUCUUCCAUACUUCCUAACGUUUUUUGUGCUUGUAGGAGCCACAACUCAGAGUGAUAAUUGAAAGGGGAAAGAAAUUUCUCUGGCAGGAUGUCAAAAAGGAAAUUGAGCGAUUCGGAAUUUGAUGAGAUAAGUGAACAGAUGAAAAGAUUACGUAAGAGAUUGAGAAAAUUCAAUCGAGUAGCGACGGAAGAGGUUAGGGAACCUCCAAUCGCUACUAUUAUCACUCAAGCACAGACGCAUACAGAAGACAAAGAAAAUGAUUUAGCGGCAGUUGUCACGAGUAAGGAUCUUGUGGAGGAGGAUGCGAGCGAAGAAAGUUCCUCGAAACCAGAAACUUCUGAUUUUGACGAAGAGGUUAGGACGGCUGAAGUAGAAGAUCAAAAGAUUAGAUUAGCCAUUGAGGUUACUAAGGAAGAAAUAGCAGAUAUGGUAAUGAAUCUCAGCAAUGAAACUCGAGAGAGACUUUGCUUAAAAACAGAGCCAGCUCAGUCGUCAGACAUGCUAGUGGCAGAAUGCUAGUGGCAGAAUGGAUCAAUUGGAUGCGCAAAGAUCUAUAUGAAGGUGAGGAAGAAGAUGACAAGAUACGUGAAGAGGAGGAGAAUAAGUUACGGAAGGAAAUUAUGAGACAAUUUCCUAGAAAAGGGACUAUAUUGUCAGAAGCUCCGAAACUUAAUCCAGAAAUAAGUUUAUUCUUAACUGCAUUAAAGGCUAUACGAUCCAGUUUACGUCGCAGCCUUUUCAAUCUCGAAUCCCAAUGGCACCGUUAUUUCGGCAAAAUUCGUAAUCUCUUGACUAUGUUAGAAAGGCAAUAAAUAAAGGCAUUAAGGGCUAUUAGACCUUGUGCUCAAGAGAAUCCUUUGUUUUCUCCAAGAGAAGAGUUUGUGUCUUCUUAGUUUUUAAUUUUAAAAGCACACAGAACAUUCAGAUUUGUUUUGAAUUUAAAGAAACUUAAUAAAUUCAUAUCAACGAAACACUUUAAAAUGGAAGAUGGACGUAUAGUUGAAAAGCUAAUUUCCAAGAACAAUUUCUUAGCGAAAUUAGAUU